AUGGGCAGCAAGAAGGCGAGGCAUUGUGGAGCAACGCUCCUGGUGCUGUUGAUAGUCGUCGCGGUAGCAGCGCCGCAUAUCGUCGCUCGUCCACUCAUCUCGACGCAGUCUGGCGGACGACGAGCUCAUCGGAACAGCGUCCGCGAUGCGCCGCGAGUCGAACCUUUACUGGAUGCAAGACAGCUGCUCGAUGGCUCCGACGUGCUCAACGCCACCUCGAGCGAGCAAGUAGGCGGCGCUAUUCCGACCUCCACGGCUUCUGCACCGGGUCUAGGCACUCUCAUUGACGCAUAUGGACUCGACUCGCAAGCUUGGACGUGGGAUUUUCCUGCUCCCGUCGUCGAUCCAGUAGAGGCCGCUCUCGUCCCGUCGACGCGUACGAUCAAGCGAGCAGAAGUGUCAUCCGAUGCUUCUGAAUGGCUGUCACAAAAUCUCAAUCUGUAUUCGGGCAGGGUGCUCGUCGGCGCGCAGAACCUCGAGUUCGUACCCCUGCCCGUAAACGCCAGCACCGCGACGUCCGCUUCGCCCCGCGCCGCGCUCAAGGUCACUUACCCCAAGGGUUCUUAUGCCCCCAGCGCUGCCAAUAGCAAAAUGAAGAAUGAGCGAAGGAGCCCAAGCAUCUUUUUGGGUCUGCCGCGUAGAGCUGGAUCAGAUUCGAACAGCGAAGACGCCCCGCUAGGCGGCACAUCGUUUUACGCGCAACCAUUCGCUCCAUCGCCAAACAGCACCACGACCUUGCCGCAGUAUGUGACGUCCGCCAUGCAACAUUCCUCCGACCCAUCCCGUCAGGUGCUGCUCCUGCGCUACACGGUUCACGUGCCCGUUGGCUUUGACUUUGUCAAGGGCGGCAAGCUGCCUGGACUGUACUCUUCAGUCGGUAAGCUCGCAACUUCAAGCGAGGACGGCGCACCGCGAUGGGAUGCCAAUACGGACGGAUGCUCGGGCGGGAGUAGAGAUGGGGUGGGAGCUAGUUGCUGGAGCGUGAGAGCCAUGUGGAGGCAAGACGGCAAGGGCGAAGCUUAUGCGUACUUUCCAACCGAUGUGCUGAGCAGCAAGGAUGCAUCUGCAAGCGGAGAUGCCUAUGAUCCUUGUGGAAGGAACAAGGAGCUCUUGUGCAACGAUGAUUACGGCACGAGCAUGAACAGAGGGAGUUUCGAGCUCAAGGCUGGGUCGUGAGUGGGUUUAUUUGGGUGGAGUCGCCGUUUGGAGAAGCUGACGAGCUUGCUCCUACCCAGCGCCACGUCCAUCACCCUCUUGGUGCUGCAGAAUUCCGCUCCUGAUCGCGCAAACGGAGCAAUAUAUCUCUGGGCAGACUCCAAUCUAGCCAUCGCUCAGGAAGGACUUUUGCUUCGCACUGGAACGGUGCCCACGGUCAAGACCGGAAAGGGCGGCGGGAGUGGAGGAGAUGCACAGAGUCAACCCGACGUCGAUGAAGCUGCAAAGGCGCAGUGGGUGGACAAGGUGAGUGGACGAGACGCUUCCGAUGCAUCGCCUUUUGGCACGGCGCACGCAAUGCCUCUCCUCUUGCUGAUCUGACGCGACUCGUUGACGGUCGAACAUCAAGAUCUUCUUUGUAAGCAUAGUGAAAGGGAUCGCGACGCUCGUGGGCCUCUCCAAGCUAAUAGCGCUCCCCUUCCACCCAGUCCUCCUUCUUUGGUGGCUCCACUGCAGACUAUGCAGCGACGUCUGACAGCGCACUCUACUUUAGCGAUCUGCAAGUGAGCACGUGGCCGAGUGAUCCAACAGCCGCGUUCGUCGCCCGCUCACCCAUCCUCCACCGCCUCCUACCUGCAAGUUCUACGCAGGUGACAAGGCUUCCUCUCUACCAGGCACCGAUGUGCUUCUUACAGCACGUCUGAGCGGCAACGCUUCCAGUACAGGGUCGCUUCGCAGCAACGGCGUCUCAGCAGCUUCAAAGGCGGGCUGCCUGCCAUUGCUCCUCGUCGUGCUCCUCACAGCGCAUGUUCUUCACGUCUGUUGA